AUGAGGUCGUUUGAUAUCUCGAUUACUCUUUCUUGCCUCAUUGUAUUAGCAGCCUUUCAUUUCUCUCUAGCCCAAAACUCUCCCCAAGACUACCUUGAUGCCCACAAUGCAGCUCGUUCACAGGUGGGUGUUGGUCCAAUGACAUGGGACAACAACGUUGCAGCCUAUGCACAAAACUAUGCUAAUCAGAGGAUUGGUGACUGCAAUCUCGUGCACUCGGGUGGUCAAUAUGGUGAAAACCUUGCUAAAGCCACUCCCUCCUUGACAGGUACCGAUGCAGUGAACAUGUGGGUUAAUGAGAAGAGUAACUUUGACUACAAUUCAAACUCUUGUGUUGGUGGAGAGUGUAGGCACUACACUCAGGUGGUUUGGANGAUGUAA